CUUAUUUUCCCGAGUGCAAUAGUUGAAAAAUUUUUGGUGCGGAUGUUUUUCUAAAUUAAUUUUGAAGUAUCGGGCUAAGAGAAUUAAAAUAUACCUUAUAUCAUUUUUAAGUAGCGCAAUAUUGGAUUUAAAAAUACACAUAUUUUCAAUUAUAUUUGUAUUGCUUUGUCUUAUUUUGAAUAAUUUUUAUAAAAAAAUGGAAGUGUUUUUUUUAUUAAGUGAAUCAAUUUUAAUAAAAAAUAAAUAAAAUAUAUGAUAUCUUUUAUGAUUGUAGCACUAUCAUUUAAAUGAUUUACUACAUACAAUAUUUAAUUUAUUUGAGACUACAUGUAAAAGAAAUAAAUUUGAUUUUGUGUUAAUGGUAAAAUAUUGCAUAUUUUUGAUCUGUUUGUAUUAAAUUAUCACUUAUUACUAUAGCAGUGUUUGUAUGUAUGAUUUAUACUUGUUGUUUAAAAAAAAAGAGAAUUUAAUAUUUAAUUAAAUUUAUUUUUAUAAAAGGAAAAAGAAAUAAAGAAAACGAUUUAAAAAAAAAAAACGAAAGAAAAAACUAAAAGCAAGAUAUUAUCUGAUAAAUAGGGCAUCAUCAUCAUGGAAGUCAGUUCAAUACCAGUUCUCUUGAUAACUGCUAAUGUUGGGAGUGUUUUUGAAGACCCAUCACGCUUAUUAAACUCAUGGAUAAAAGAAUUUUUAAAUAAAGUAGCAUUAGUUCAGCCUCAUUUUUUAGCAUUACAUUUACAAGAAGUUGGUGGUAAAACAUAUGAGAAAUCUAUGGAAUAUGUUCAAGAAUUUAUUCGAUUAUUAUGUGAAUCUGAAGAAUUAUCUGGUUAUAAUAGAAUACGUGUAUAUUUAGAUGAAGAUUAUAAUUCAGCAGAACAUUUUACUGCAUUGGGUAAUUUAUAUUUUGUUCAUCAUUCCUUACAAACUGUGAAAAUAUGGAAUUUUUUAACACAUGAAUGGGAGAGUGCUGAUGGUAAAAAUAUUUAUACUGGUAAUAUUGAAGCGAUUGCAACAAAAGAAAAGGCAAAAUUUCCACAACAUUUUUUCCCAGAGUGUAAAUGGUCACGUAAAGGAUUUUUACGUACUAGAUGGGAAUUAAAUUGCACAGUUAUUGAUUUAGUCAAUAUUCAUUUAUUUCAUGACGCUUCUAAUUUGGCUGCAUGCGAAGAAUUUCCAUCCGUUUAUUGUAAAACACGAAGGCGUGCUCUUGUUCAUACAUUAGAACGUUUUCAUAGAGAUAAUAAAAAUGGUAUAGCACCAUAUUUUGUUUUCGGUGAUUUUAAUUUUCGUUGUGAUACUGAAGGUGUAGUUAAGGAAUUGACAGAAGACUUAACAAAACAUCGUAUUCAAAAUGCAAAAAAUGACUGUACAAAAAUGCAUUAUAAAAAUUCUAAAGGUGAAAAUGUACUUACCGUUGGUAAAAAAGAAUUCACACAUAAUGAACAUCAAACAAAAUUUAAAGAAUCAUGGUUACAAAAAUUUGAUAGAGAAUUGGAACCAUUACGGGAAAUACUAGUCGAAUAUCCAAUAACAUUUGCUCCAACAUACCCUUAUGAAGAGGAUCCAGAUAUGCCAAAAAGUUAUAUGUCAACACGAUGUCCAGCGUGGUGUGAUCGAAUAUUAUUGAAUCCAACUGCAAGAGAAUUAAUUGUAGAUGAAACAUUCUCAUCGAGUGAUUAUAAUAUUAUUGGAGAGAAUAUUUGUAUGGGAGAUCAUAAACCAACAUAUUUAAGUGUUAAUCUAAAGACAUUACAAGAUAAGAGCAGUACUUUAUCGUACGUACCAAAAGAAUUGCAAAAUAUCAUUUUAGAAAUUUUUGAAUAUGAAACAAGUUUUUCGGUACCUAAUGAAAUUUCUUCCGAGAAUAAUACAAAAAUUGAAAAAAAAUUCGAAAAUGAAAAAUUCAAAAAUAUUUCAGAGGAAAACUGUUGGGUUGAAAAUAAGGAAGUGACAAUUCCAAGAAGUAAAUACAUUCAUAUAAAACCUUUAGAUAAAACUGGCGAUAGUGAAGAAAAUAUUAUUAAUAAAGAUGAUUCCGAGCAAAAUGUACAAAAUAGCAGUAGUAGUACUAGUAAUUGUAACACACAAUGUCUUUUAAAAGAAACUACCGUAUAAAGUAUUAAAUUUUUAUACAAAAAUAAAAAAAAAAAAAACAAUAUUCUUAAAAUAAUAUAAAUAAUAAAGAAUUUAUAUAUAGUAGUAAAAGAAAAACCUACCGACUUACCGAAAGCUUAAAAACAUUUCUUUCCUAUAGUCAAUUCAUCAUAUAUACAUACAUAUAUAUGUAUAAAUAAAAGAUUAUUUACGAAAUUACGAAAAAAACAUGCUCAAUAUAAAGUAAUAUGAAAAAAAAAAAACAAGUUUUCCAUAAGAAAGUGUUGCAGAUCCAAAACCAAAAAUUUAGCUAGUGACAGCGCAAAUAAAAAAUUACCAAGAAGAAUUUUUUGUUUUGCAUCAUCAACUAUACCAAAAUAAAUACAUCUUAUAUAAAAUCGUACUUACUCAAUACUUUAAAUGAUAUUCCAAAAAAAAAAAUUUAAUUUAAAAGUUUUUUAAGCUUUAAUAAAAUAAUUUAGUUUAAAAUUUAUAGAAUUAUAUAAUAUUUAGUCCCUUGUUGAAAUUGAAAAUAUAGUCUUUAAAAACUUAAUAUUUAAUUUAAAAUUAAAAUAUUUAUUAUAAAAUACAUACAUAUAUAAUAUUUAUAAUCUAAUUAACAUGUACGUAAUAAAAUCAGAAUUUAAUUUAGUAAAAUGAAAUUCAAUAAUUAAGUCAAAAUAUUUAUUAUUAAAUUUUAUGACGUUAAAAUUACGUUAAAAAUUUUAGCGAGGAAAUUGUAAAUAAAAUUUUGUUAUUUAUAUUAAUUUUUAUUAUUAUUUAAAUUAGUAUAUAAUAAUUUCUUUAAAAUUAUCAAACUAUAAAAAAAAAACAAAAAUUAAUAAAUUCUGACCUGGGCCCUAUUGCAACAACCAUUUUCAUUUUUGUUUUUACUCUUUAAUUUUUUAAAAAAGAUUUUUUUUAUUAAUACAGUUCGUUAAUAAUUUUUUAGUUAAUGGUUGAUACAAUAUUCCCAAAUGGUUUUUAAAGUGCAUCAAUUACCGUAUGUUCGCUCUUCGUAUCUUAAACAUAAUUUUUGUAACUAUACAUGUCAGUUUAUAGAUCACAACCUGAUAAAAAUAUUUUUAUUUCUUGUUAAUUUUAAACUCUUAAUUCAACUUUUAAUAUUAAUGUAAUAUUCACAAAUAUCAAAAUUGUUCAUUGAAUAGAAAUAUGACUUAAUGACAAUAACUUCCAUUGCGAUUCAAUAGCAAUUAUUUUUAAAUCAAAUUUUGCUAAAAAACAAACUCCAUUAUAUAUACAGAAAUAGUCUUCAGUGCAUCAUUUUUCAUUAAAAAUAAAAAUCAAUAAAUAAAAUAGUUUUUAAAUUGUAAUAUUAAAAGUUUUAAGAUAAAUUACACUAUUUGUGUACAAUUCACAAAUAUAAAAUUCAAAUAUUUCGAGUAAACAUUGAAUAGAAAGAGUCUAAUGCAAUGUCGUACCUUUAUAUAACGUUCUAUUACACUUUGUUUUCUUUCAAAUAUCUCGCUUCUAAUGAACAAAUGUGUGUUUAGAAUGAAAAUUAACAAAAACUUUUUUUUUAAUAUUUCUGUAAUUCUAUAUUAAUUUAUUUAAAUCAAUUUUACAUGCUCUCCAUCAUUAUUAUAAACUCAUAAUAUAAAACUUUCAUUAAUUCUAUAAUAGCCUCGUUUGAUUCAGGAUUCAGUAUUUCAAUACAGGGAUAUUUUUCACAAGCUUUGAUUAAACAAAGCUCCAACCAAUAGUUUGUUUAAUUCAAAUAAAAUUCCAAAUAUACAAUAUACAAAAUUUUUGAAAUUCGAAAUAGAAAUAAAACGAAAUUUUUGAAGACAAAUAAAAGAGAAAAAAAACAAGAACCGAAAACAAUAUGUGCGAACCAGUCACAAUAUUCUCCGUCCGUUGUUUUUUUUUACUAUGAAAAUAAACAUAAUUAUAAAAUUAUACAAAAUCAAACACUAAUAAUUGAUGAAAACGACAUUUUAUUUUAUUAUUUGUUCUUAAUUUAAUUUUUUCAAUUAAUAUAAAAUAUUGAAUGUAUUAAAAUGGAAAAAAUUAAAAUUUUUAAAUAAAUUAAAGAGAAAUUAAUAUUUUAACAAAAUACAAAACCAAAAAGAUCUCAAAAGAAAUGAAAAUCAAAAUUAAAAACUUAAUAUUCGCUAAUAAAAAUAAAAAAUAAGAAUUAAAAGUUCUCUAAUGAUCUAGUAUAAAGAAUUCAAAACAGCUAGCAAAAAAUGUUUACUGUUAAUUUAUAAAUUUUUUUAAAAUUAUUUUUAAAUAAGAACUUGUUUCCAU